AUGACUUCGCCGCUCCCCCUUUCCGUUUCGCCGCUCGACCAGGGUCACCCCCUCAUGAGCCCCGCUAUCAACAAGGCCGCCCACCGCCAGGAACUGCCCCUAGAAUCCGAGGAUGACGAGACUAAAGGCGUUGAAGCAGAGCUUCCCGGUACCAUUCCUUCUUCGCAACAGCAGAAUGCAUACGAUCAGACAACCUUCGUCUACCCUACUGCGCCUCCGACCGCUGGCAACCUGCCCACCCCAGCCCCGCCACACUUUUAUCACCCUUACCGAGUCCCCCAGUCCCACCCAUCUCAGUCCCCUCCUACUCCCAUGACCACCAUGAUGACCACCUCCCCCGCUACCAGUAUGAUUGUAACGCCGCCAAGCUCGGCGAGCUCGUACAUCCAGCAGCUCCCGAUCAACAACUAUUCCCCGCAGACCAUCUCUCCCGGCAUGAACGCGCUCAACCACCAAAUGCCCGACCUCUCCCAGUCAUCCAUGCCUUGGGGAUACACGCCCAACAUUGGCUACACGACGGUCCCUUUCCCGAACUCGAAUGGGUAUGCAUAUCCCGCCCACCCCCAGUUCCACAUGCCAAUCAAGGUGUAUAACAAGAAAGAAGCCAUAGGUAUGGGUAUGGGUGAAUCUGGAUCUCCCGACAAGGACGAUCACGAGGAAGAGCUCGUCGACAUGGAGGACCCCGACGACGCGGGCUGUCUUGGAUUCACCGCCAAUGAUGAAGACAGGAUCCUCCUCCCUGCCAAACGCGAGGACAUUCGCCGUGCACGUAUCGAGAGCGAGCAGCGUCGUCGUAAUGAAUUGCGCGAAGGGUUUGACCGUCUCCGUGAUGCGCUCCCUGCCUCGUCGCAGCGCACCUCCAAGUCUGCCAUUCUCGACCGCGCGGUGGCCCACAUUCAACAGGUGGAGGCGUCCAACCGGUUCAUGAGCGAGGCCUUCGAGGGCUUGCGCCGCGAGAUCGAUGAACUGCGCGUUCUCAACAACAAGCUAGUCACUGCCAUGACUCACGCACCGGGGAGUGCCGAGGCCAGCCCCAGAACCGCCAGCCUCAGCUGA